AGUGGGAGGGGGAAAGGGGCGGAUUAGGACGGCGCGCGGUGUCUGUGAAGAUAAAGCCGGCGGGAAGCACGCGCUGUAUUCACAUUUCACGCGCUCGCUCACUCCGGAGCUAAAGAAUUAAAAACUCGCUUGCAGUUCACGAGUUUCUUGGAUAUUAUUAGGUGUUCAUCCAUAUAAGAAAACAAUGAUUUUUUUUAAAGAGUCUUCGAAUCGGUUUGUUUUGUGACAGGACAAACGCUUUUUGGAGGCGUUGUGGAGUUACUCUGGAAAUUGAAAGGUUGUUUUGAAACAAUUCUUUGAAGAAUGGACAAGACCCAUCUUUCAAGCUCCACUGACAUUAUGAUGACAAGCUCAACAGGCUCUUUUCAACAGGAGUCUCUCACUCCUCCCAGACCUACACACCUUCAUUCUUCAUCCUCUUCUUUAUCUUCUCCCUCUCCAUCCUCUUCCUCCUCACCCCUCAAACCCAACCAGGUCGGUCAGGUUAUCCUCUACGGAGUUCCUAUUGUGUCUCUUGUCAUCGACAACAUUGAGAGACUUUGUUUGGCUCAGAUUUCAAACACACUGCUGAAAAACUACAGCUAUAAUGAGAUUCACAACCGCCGUGUCGCACUAGGAAUCACCUGUGUUCAGUGCACUCCAGUUCAGCUGGAAAUCCUCAGAAGGGCUGGUGCCAUGCCCAUCUCAUCACGCCGCUGUGGCAUGAUCACCAAGCGUGAAGCCGAGCGCCUGUGCAAGUCCUUCCUGGGAGAAAAUGCGCCGCCAAAACUGCCUGACAACUUCGCUUUCGAUGUAACACAUGAGUGCGCCUGGGGUUGUCGUGGUAACUUUAUACCAGCGCGCUACAACAGCUCAAGGGCCAAAUGCAUCAAGUGUUCCUUCUGCAACAUGUACUUCUCCCCAAAUAAGUUUAUUUUUCAUUCCCAUCGCACACCAGACGCCAAGUACACCCAGCCUGAUGCAGCUAACUUCAACUCCUGGCGACGACACCUCAAGCUGUCUGACAAACACCCACCUGAUGAGUUGGUCUACGCGUGGGAAGAUGUCAAAGCUAUGUUCAACGGAGGCAGCAGAAAGAGAGCACUUCCCUCUUCGGCACAUUGUUCGUCUAUGGGCCCCUUAAAGUCUCUUCCAGGUUCGGUGGUCCCCCACAUGAUCGGAGCUGACCUUGGUGGUCAAAAGAGGGCUCGUUUUGAGGAUGAAGAUGAUCUUGAUGGAGACAGUCUGCCUCCCCGCAAGACACCACGCAGCUACCCUGUCAUCCCUGUUCCAAGCAAAGGUUUUGGCAUGUUGCAAAAGUUUCCUUCCACGUCCCUCUUCCCCUCCCCUUAUCCCUUUCCUACGUUUGGUCUUUGUCAGCAAAAAAAAGAGGACAGUGAUGUUGCUGCUGGGCAAAAAGGACCGGGGCUAUCAGGACUUUUAUGGCCUGGCCGCAAAGACACUUUUUAUCCUCCUUUUUGCAUGUUCUGGCCACCGAGAGCGGCAGGAGGAAUCCCUGUUCCCACUUACCUCCAGCCUCAGCCCAGCACUCUCUCCUCCCUGACUGACAACCCAUCUCUCAGACAGGCGUUUCUGGAUCUGUCAGACCCGAGUGAACCUGGAGCUCUGAGCGGCAACGGAAAUGGCGUGGGUGCAAACAUGACGCCCAGCAUCAUGACUGCCAGAUCUGGAAUGUUUGACCCAGAGUGUUCAGCGGUUCCCCCUGAACUUCGGCCCGUCACAUCAGAGGGAUGGCUUAAGCUGUUGGACAACACAAGCUUCCAAACACGAAAGCCGAGCUAUGGCUCCGCCUUCCGCCCUGUCAUUAAAGAUGCAGAGAGUAUCGUUAAACUCCACAGCAACAGCGGAGGAGUCAGCGGGGCUGCAGAUGAAGACUUUGGCGAGGUGGUUGCCGGUUCAGACCAACAUCAACGACUGUCUCCAACCAGCAGCUGCAGCUAUGGAUCUGAAAGUGGAGGGGAUGGAGAAGCGGAGGGAGCGGAUAGUGAGGAAGAGGGGGAAGUGGAUGUGGAAUCAUCGAAGCAGGAAGAGGAGGAAGAGGAAGAAGCGGCCUUCUCCAGAAGGACGCCACAGACUCAAACUAACAUGUACCUCUCUGCGCUGAGUGAAAGUGCUGGAGAGGAAAGGGGAAAGGACAGAGGGAGUGGUGCGGUGUUUCCCGGGACCUCCCCUCAGUCCUCCUCAAACCCCGUCCUGCAGGACUCCCCGGGCCUACCUGCCUCUCCUCGGGCCAGCUUGCCUCUCUCCAGCUCGACCCCGCCUCACCGAGAUGACACAGCUUACAAAAACGUUCAGAAAAACAGAGAUGAAGGACUUCCUGCAUAUGCAACCAAAGACACUUCAACUACUUCAGAUGAAAACAAAGACCAGAGCAGUUUCUUUGUGCCCGAAAGUGAGACGGUGGCACCGGACUAUUGGAGGGAGAGCUCAGGUGAUCAGUGCAGAGGUGCAGCUUCUCCUGUCUCUUUAAAGAAAGAUGUGGAGAACAUGGAGAAAGAAGAGCUUCAGAAGGUUUUGCUGGAGCAGAUCGACUUCAGGAGAAGACUUGAGCAGGAAUUUCACGCUCUAAAGGGGACCUCACCGUUUCCUGUUUUCCAUAGUUUUCAGGAUCAGAUGAAACGAGAGCUCGCCUACAAAGAGGAAAUGGUGCAGCAAUUACAGAUGAUUCCCUACGCAAACAUCCUCAGAAAAGAAAAGAUCAACUCCCAUCUUAGCAAGUAACUAAAAGGUCGAGUCCAUGUCUUUGAAGAGAGAAGCUACCGUACUUGAAUUUUUCAGGAAGAACUGCAGCAGUAAAAAAAAAAAAAAGACGCCAAGAGAAAGAAACAUGAUGGCAUUAUUUACAUCCUAGAACAAAGAAUACGUUGUGUUGAACAUGUGUUCACCUGUUCAGGUGUACAAACUGCUCACAGCUCAUUUAAAUACCUUCAUACCUCUACUAGCAAAGAGAUAAAUCAAUGCUAAACUGAUGCAUUUUCCCAUGCAGUAUCUUUUUUUUUCUGUCUAAACUGACUCAACUGAAAUAGAAAGAUUGCAUCAGGUGUAAUAGAACUAAUCCUGCUCUUACAUCUGCACCCUGUUGUCAAAAUCCCCGCUUCAUCCAUCCAGGACCAAAGGAAGCCAGUCCUCUGUCAGCCUCUGUGAACUUUAAAGAUUGUUAAGGGCCAACCAGAAGGCAGCUACUGAUGUCAGAAAGUAAUAAGAAGUCAUUCUUUUCUAUUGUUCGCACUGACGUUGGCCUUCACACAUGAACGUGGGCUUGCAGAUGCACUGAUGUCAACACACCGGCGCCCUGAAGACAAGCAACACUCGGUUUUUUAAUCAACAUUUGAUCCCAAAGAGAUUUUUUCCGGUAUUGUGGAGUUGGGACGCUUCCCUGUUUACAUAACUCAUCACCACCAACUAUUAAUGUAACUUCUUACACAAAAACGAUGACUGUUUAGCGUGGAAAUAGAAGGUCAAGAACAUAGCAAAGAGAGGAAAAUGAAGUCUAAGCAGAUAGUGGUGAUGAUCAAGACUGUAAUGAGUAAGCCCUAAGGCUAAUGGUGCAUGGAGAACAAUGCAAACGCAGUGUGGUUUCACAGAACAAAGAAACACUCACAGAGUGGCCACUCUCUCUUUUAAAUGCAGACCUUACUGCAAGGGUUGGGGGGGGGGGUUGUACAUGGAAAGAAAUUAGCAGUUGACCUCAAACUGUAUCAACCAGAGCAGCUGGACUUUUGUAAAGAAAUUCACUGACACAACUUUUAAUCCACCAAGAAGAAAAAAAAACUUUUGCAGCAAAAAAACAGCCCUCAGUGUUCACUGCGUGUAAAAUGAAGGCUGCUGCUUACAGCUGCAAGGUGGUAAACGGGUGAUCAAAGUGUUGCUUGCUUUCCAAAAGAGUGCAUGGACAUGGAGUACAAAAGACAGCAGUGUGUCAGUGUUGUGUAUCUACAUGUAAAUAGACCCACUUGAUUGUUAAACUCAUACAAACCCUACAGCCACUCUCUCAACAUGUGUUUGUUUAUUGAUUUGAGUAUCAAACCCCUCAGACCCUGAUUGUGAAAAUAAUAUUUAUUAUAACAAUUAAAUAAAAAAAGGACUUAUUGAUGCCAUGUAUGUCACACAAAUGACAACUUACCUUGUUUAUAGAAUGAAUGAAGUUGUCCUUCAAGGUUACCCGUAUGAACUGUUCAUGCAGACGUAUUUCAAAAUGUUCUUGUAGUUUCUCUACUAUUUAUGUGAAAAAUUAAAUAUAUAUACAAACAAAAA